AAGGACGAACAGCAGAGAAGUGAAAUCACCUCAGGGCCAUACAAAGUCCUCUGGGAGCUCCACAGGAUAGAACAGAGAUUAACAGGGAGAAUUAGAAAGAUACAAAAAAGAACGAUCAAGCUCUUACUGUUUAUUGAAUUUGUGUCCCGUCGCUGCUAUGAGCAGGGUGUUGAUUCUGUCCGUGCUUCUGCUGUCCCUGAGCUGGUGCAGAUGUGCCGUCAUCACAGGGGCAUGUGACAGAGAUGUGCAGUGUGGUGUGGGUCUGUGCUGUGCUGUGAGUCUGUGGCUCAGAGGCCUGCGUAUGUGCACACCACAGGGACUGGAAGGAGACGAAUGCCACCCUUACAGCCACAAGGUUCCUUUCCCUGGCAAGAGACAACAUCACACUUGCCCCUGCCUGCCACAUCUGGUGUGCACCAGGUACAGUGACAACAGAUAUCGCUGUACCAGCGACUUCAAAAACAUAGACUUUUAACACUGGGAAGAGUGGGAGAAAAAGAAGAGUGAAGCUGGGAAAUACUUGAAAAGGAAAGUAGGACAGCACAACUAGAUUAAUAACAAGUGCCACAGCACCAUUCUGGUCAUUUUCGUUUUUUAACUCUCAUGCACUUUGCACUACAAAAAUGCUGUUAUUCAGCUUCCCCAGAAAUGCAGACAUACAUUAUCCACCGUGGCACAAGGUCUACCUCAGAAUCACUGGUUUACCUUGGCAUCCUUGAUAGUAAAAACAAAAUAAAUGUCAUCACCUUUCUGUGAGUAUGCAUGCAACAGAUAUUUAGAAAGGAAUGUGCUUAGGA